CGGAGCCCGAGCCGCGGGGCGGGCGCGAAGAUGCACACGACCCAGAAGGACACGACGUACACCAAGAUCUUCGUGGGAGGGCUGCCCUACCACACCACCGACGCCAGCCUGCGCAAGUACUUCGAGGUCUUCGGAGACAUCGAGGAAGCGGUGGUCAUCACCGACCGGCAGACUGGCAAGUCCCGGGGCUACGGAUUUGUCACCAUGGCUGACCGGGCUGCCGCAGAAAGGGCCUGCAAGGAUCCCAAUCCCAUCAUUGAUGGUAGGAAGGCCAACGUGAAUCUGGCAUACUUGGGAGCAAAACCAAGAAUCAUGCAGCCAGGUUUUGCCUUUGGCGUUCAACAGCUUCACCCGGCUCUUAUACAAAGACCUUUCGGGAUCCCUGCCCACUACGUCUACCCGCAGGCUUUUGUGCAGCCUGGAGUGGUUAUUCCCCACGUCCAGCCCACAGCAGCUGCGGCUUCCACCACGCCGUACAUUGAUUACACUGGAGCUGCCUACGCACAAUACUCGGCGGCGGCAGCUGCAGCCGCAGCAGCCGCUGCCUAUGACCAGUACCCUUACGCAGCAUCCCCAGCGGCUGCAGGCUACGUGACCACUGGGGGCUACAGCUACGCUGUCCAGCAGCCGAUCACCGCUGCUGCACCUGGGACAGCUGCAGCCGCGGCUGCAGCAGCUGCAGCCGCAGCAGCCUUUGGCCAGUACCAGCCUCAACAGCUGCAGACAGACCGAAUGCAGUAGACCAGCCGUCUGAUCCAAGUCAAAGGAUUUCUCUUUCCCUCCCAGUUUCCCAGUUUUUAGUAGAGAAUGUUAACGUUGACUUAAUAGCUUUAAAGGGGGAAAGCAAAGCUAUUGUGAAUCAGAUGCAUUACUUUUUUUCGUACUCCGAGUAGUGCUGCGGAUGAAGAGGGGAGAAUGGGAGGGCGAGAAGCAGUUUUUGAAGUCAAUCCCAAAGAGCCUGAGUUACACAGAAUAGACACUAGGACAUGAUGGCAGGGGUAUCACUGGGACUUCACUUUUGUAUCGGGAUUUUUAUUUUUUGCUCUUUUUAUAGUAUCAGGGAAGCAAACUGCCUUUUCCAAGUUAGAAAAUGCUAUGUGAAUCUAGUUGACCCAGGGAAUAUGGAGUGAGCAAUAUGUAGCUUGAAUUAUGUGUAAAAGUAGAUUUUUAAAGACAGGCAAGAUGGCAGCAGCGCUGGCUGUCCUUUGCUGCAGUCCCCCACAGCCUGCAGAACGCUGUUGAGGCAGGAGGUAGUGUUUGCGUUAUCUCAAAAAUGGGCAUCGAACAAUCAGUUUAGAAGUAUGGCGGCGGCAGCGGCGGGUACAGUGGUAAGCAGGUACCAAAGCUAUUUUCUCAUCUGUCCUGUGGACUCGUGGGAUCGUGGAGCAAUUGAUACUGUACCAGCCACUCAGACAAUCAAUGGCACACACAGUUCUGGAGAGAGACCAUCACUUGUACUUGUAGGAGGAGCUUGUCACAUGCUGAUCCCUCUCCCCACCCUGUUUCACUUGGGGAUACUUUCAUCUGCUGGUCAGGCUUCUUCCACCACCACCACCACUUUUCUAUUUAUUGUAGGGACUGGGGGUUAUGGGUAAAGGCAGGCAAAGUUUGCGGAUGCUCAACCUUUCGGGACUGUCUGGAGGGCCUUUAUUUUCUUCCCCGUUUUAAAUAAUUCUACACUUUUUAGUAUCUAUUUCAGAGUCCUAUUUAAAACUAUUUAUUAGUGACUACAGUACCUAAGACAGCAAGGUUCUUGACAUUACAAUUCUUUGAUGGUUGAUAAUCAUGUACUUUAUAAUGUGCCUUAAUAAUAAUCCUAUUUAAGAUAUUUAUUUUUAAGUUUUACUCUGCUGCACUCUAAAGGAAGGAACUUUAGACGUGACACUGUAAGAUUAUGUAUUCAUCUCAUGGCAUAAGUUAUUUAGUAGGUCUAGAUGUAGCAUAUUAAAUAUUAACCUAUUCAACUCAAGAUGUUGGCUUGGAUUUCUUUAAAUUCAUAUGUGCACUGUUCAAGAGGGGUACUCUUACCUGAACACAUUUGAGUUUAUUUUAGUCUUGAGAUUUUCUUUUUUCAAACAAGCUCCAUUGCUGGUUCUGUGCUUCCUCCUCUUGAUUGUUCAAUCCCUGCAGAUCUCAUCUAUCGGGAACUCAUGGCUUCCCCACUUUCCUGGUGUAGUGUACGUAGUUUUAAAAUACCGCUUUAUAUUUUCCUUCUGAAAGUGCGAUACUUGCAAUUUUUACUCUUAAACUAAAUUGAAUACUAUUUUACACUGUAUUGGACUUUUAUACUUGAAGAACUUCAUACAAGGGACAACAGGUUAGCGUUUUUAUGGACUUUCUCCAUUGUCACUGGAUUUAGUAUUCCCAUAUCAGACAGUGGUAUGCAAUGGAGACGUGGCUCUCCUGUACAGAUUAUUUAUUUGUUGUGUAUAUCGCUUUAUAACAUUUCAGAUCUUCUAAUCUAUUCACUUGUAUUAAAUAUAAUUUUUAAAAACU